AUGGCGUUGGGAAACCCUUUUUCGAUCACACGGGCAAUCAAGUCAUUUCAAUUAACCCGACACUGCCUCCGCACAGUGCAUCAAAAGUCCGCUGCGCCCUCUGUCCCAUCACCAACGCCCUUCGUCCCGGACGUUGAAACCUUCCUCAAACUCAUCGGCCGCGACAUGUCAAAGCAUGCCAGCAAGCUACCCUCUUGGGAGCAAAUGUUCACUCUUAGUUCGCCCGAACUCCGAGAUCUGGGCAUUGAACCCGCACGUCAACGGCGCUACCUGCUCCGGAAACGAGAGAAAUUUAGGCAUGGCAUCUACGGAGUUGGCGGAGACCUGGAGCACGUCGUGGACGGUGCUGCGCAAUUGCGUGUGGCCGAAGUUCCUAUUACGAUAAAAUCAAAAUCAUCUGCGAACGGUGAAAAGAACUUUUCAGUUAACCUGUCCCCCGGCAUGCGACGGGUCAUUGUGAACCUCCCGCCCAAUGCUACGGAAUACACGCACAACCCGUCGAAGCCGCUGAAGAAGUUUGCGCAGAUGAAGAUUCACCGUGGGAUGCUGAUUAAGGGGCCAUACUUGGAAUAUAUCAAGGGUACCAAUGGGAGUGCAGCAAUCAUCAAGGUUCAGGAGGGGAUGUGGGAAGACAAGCUGGGACACAAGGUUGAUGGUGGUGAGAGACGACAGGCUGAGGUUCGGGCUAAGAAGAGGGCCGAAGAAAGGAGGAAGCAGGCAUAA